AUCGUACCCACGUGAGUGCAGUACUACACAAGCGUGUGGGGUUUAAAGUCAAUUUUGCUGCCAAAUUUUCCAAAAACCACCAUCGAACUUGAUUUCGUACAUUUACAACCAUGUCUUCUUUUCGAAAAGCCCUGAAGUCCAAACAACGAGACCACAAAGAGCGAUCACAGCUCGGUUUCAGGAAACACUUGGGACUAUUAGAGAAGAAGAAGGACUACAAACUCCGUGCAGAUGACUACCACCGGAAACAAAAGACCCUCACGGCCUUACGGAAGAAGGCCAUGGAGAAAAACCCAGAUGAAUUCCACUUUAAAAUGAUACACAACCAAAUAAAGGAUGGAGUUCACAUAAUUAAACCGAAAGAGGAAGAAAUGACAGAGGAACAGAAGAAAGUGAUGAGGACCCAGGACAUCAGAUAUGUUGAAAUGAAGAGGGUUUCAGAAAUGAAGAAAAUCGAAAGGUUGAAGUCUGAGCUCCACCUUCUUGAUAUUGAUGAAGAAAAGAAAAAUAAACAUGCAUUUUUUGUGGAUUCAAAAAAAGAAGUGGAGGAGUUUGACCUGGCCACACACCUCAACACAGUGCCUGAACUGGUGGACCGAGCAUAUAACAGACCCACAAUGGAAACGCUAGAAAACAAGAGCAUUGUGGGAGUAGUGGAACCAGAGAAGAUAAAGAAACUUACAAAACAGAGAAAAAAUCAGUACGAGGUGCUUUCACAGCGUAUUGACAGAGAAAAGAAGAUGUUUAUCAUUUGUCAAAAGAUCCAGACCAGGAAAGAUCUUCAGGAUAAGGUUAAGAAAGUGAAAGUUCGUAAAGAGACCAGCACUGCUCCUGCCAUCUAUAGAUUUGAGGCCAGGAGGAAAAGAUGAUGGCUUAUGUCUCUAAAUUUAUAUACAGAACAAACUGUCUUUCUGCUUCUCCAUGGAUCUCCAGCCAAAUUCUACAAAGGUCUCAGCUGUUAUCGCUUUGAAUUAGGGUGAAUCUGUGGAUUUCUCAUUUUUAUACAAUAGAGACAAUGCCUUUUUUAAUAAGAUGUUGCCUAGAGGUGUGGAAGUAAGACUAACUGAUAACUAAGCUGCUGGUUAUCCCAAAAGACUCAAAAGGCAGUUUGUACAUAAUUUCUUUGCCAUACAUUUUUUGACAUUCAUAGUUUGAAAUAAAAUGUUGUCUUUA